AUGGGAGUGGUCACUCCAACCCGACCAUGUGUAGGCGGCGCCACUGACAUAUUUCCACACUCCGCUGGACACAAAACAGUGGUCAAUCCUGGACUGGAGGAGGACCCCCUGCACCACCUGACGCCUGGAGUAGCCCCGGGUCCUGUGGUGGAGGCUCCUCCAGACCUCGGAGAGAUCACAAUUCACCGUUGCCUUGGCCAGGAAGGUGCCAAAAUUAAUUUUGACAAAUCCUCCGUGUCUUUCUGCGGAGGUGUCGUGGCCGCCCAGAACACCUGGGGCCUCAGGGACGCAGGGGACUCUUAUUGGGUCCUCGGUGUACCCCUGGGGAGAGAUGAGGCGGCCUGCAGGGACGAUUUGUGGCGGGGUUUGUUUAACAGCGUAAACGCUCGCAUGAAUUUGUGGCGUUUGCGAAACCUAAAAAUCAAAGCGGCAAACAAGUUCAGUGUAGCGAGCGCCUUGCGGCUGAAGAUAAUAAAGAAGUUCCUUGACACCGGCUUUGCGGCUGCGUGGAAGGACUUCUUUGCGGUUCAGAGGGAGGUGUUUGAGGCCUGGGCUGCGAUGAGGCUGUUCACUGUGGCGGCCCCGCGCUCCCUAUGGCAGCUGGGGCAGAUGCCACUGAGAUUUAACCCUGACAUGCUCUCUGACCCCCCUGAGAGGAGGGAGAGCAUGUUCAGUGGAACAUUUGAAAGCGUAGGCGAGGUAAAUGUUGAGGAGGAAGGUAAGUAUUUUUUUGAUUUUGUGGUGGUGAGGGGGGAAAAGAUGUUGAGGCUGACGGAGAUGAAGACGCGCACCUUUUACCGACUGCUGGUGGCCCGGGUAGCUCGGCGCCCCACUGCAGAACACAGGUCAGUAACUUUGACUUCAGAUUGA